UGAUCGAAUUACCGCGCAGCGGUUUCGCUUGCGAAUGUAGAGACCGUGUUUGUUAUGUCAGCUGUGACAGCUCACAAAGUUGGAAAUCAAGCCAAUGCAACGUGUAUAGGUGCCCUACACGGCAAGCAACGUAGACAAACAAUAGAGUGUUGUCCGUUGUUGGUGCUUGCGAACAGUAGUCCUUUCGCUCCGUGGUAGUUCUGCAGUUUUGGUACACGUUUCUCGAAGAUGACCGAAAACGAUACGCUUACGGAUGCCAUCAAUGCUCAAGGCGAUGUCGUGCGUAAACUGAAAUCCGCAGCAAAGCCAGAUAAAGCAAAGGUAAUUAGGCAGAGGCUUGCGAUCAACGAGGAAGUACAGAAGCUGCUUGCACUGAAGGAGAAGCUAAAACAGCUACAACUUGCGGAUGGCAGUGGGCCAGUGGCCGCCAGUGGUGGCAGAGCACCGGUUGCACCAGCCGAACCGGGUAACCGCAAUUUGUCGCUGAAAACGGCCAAGGGAACGCGCGACUAUGGUCCGGAAGCAAUGGCCCUUCGGCUAAGCGUGCUCGAUAAGAUAGUGCGCGUGUUUCGCAAACACGGCGCCGAAACGAUCGACACGCCAGUGUUCGAGCUGAAGGAGGUAUUGACCGGCAAGUACGGCGAAGACUCGAAGCUGAUCUACGACCUGAAGGAUCAGGGCGGCGAGAUACUGGCCUUGCGCUACGAUCUCACCGUGCCGUUCGCGCGCUACGUCGGCAUGGGCAACGUGUUCAACAUCAAGCGCUACCACAUCGCCAAGGUGUACCGGCGGGACAAUCCGCAGAUAACACGCGGCCGCUAUCGGGAGUUCUUUCAAUGCGAUUUCGACAUUGCUGGCACGUACGACCCGAUGCUGCCGGAUGCGGAGUGUGUGAAGGUGGUGGCCGAAAUACUGACCGAACUGGAGGUGGGUGAUUUCGUGAUUAAGCUCAAUCACCGCAAGCUGCUGGACGGCAUGUUCGAGGCGUGCGGCGUCCCGGCUGACAAAUUCCGCACCGCCUGCUCCUCGGUGGACAAACUGGACAAAACCCCGUGGGAGGAGGUACGGCGCGAGAUGAUCGACGAGAAGGGUCUGACCGAGACGACGGUCGACCGGAUCGGCGAGUACGUCACGCUGAACGGUGGCGCGGAGCUCGUCGACAGGCUGGCCAAGGACGAGCAGCUGAGCCGCAUCAAGAGUGCGAUGGAGGGGCUGGAGGACAUGCGCCUGCUGCUGCAGUACUGCGACAUCCUGCAGGUGGCCGAUCGCAUCUCGUUCGAUCUGAGCUUAGCCCGCGGGCUCGACUACUACACCGGCGUCAUCUACGAGGCGGUGCUGAAGGGUGCGGACGAUGGGGACGAGAUUAUGGUUGGAUCGGUGGCCGGUGGCGGCCGCUAUGACAACCUGGUAGGAAUGUUCAAUCCGAAGCGGAAGCAGGUACCGUGCGUCGGUGUGUCGAUCGGUGUCGAGCGCAUUUUCUCCAUCCUCGAGGCAAAGGCGACCGCCAAGACGCGCACCAACGAGACGGAGGUGUACGUCGUGUCGGCCCACAAGGGUUUGCACCUGAAGCGGCUCGAAAUCCUCAACAAGUUGUGGUCGGCCGGCAUCAAGGCGGAACAUUCAUACAAGCUCAACCCGAAGCUACUUGUUCAGCUGCAACACUGCGAGGAGUAUCAGAUCCCGUACGCAAUUGUGCUCGGCGAUGGCGAGCUAGCGCGUGGUGUGGUUAAACUAAGAGAAAUUGUUAGCCGCAAGGAGGAAGAAAUACCGCUGGACGCGCUCGCCGGGGAGAUCCGGAAACGGCUGCCAGCAUGAAUGGUUGAUUUUAGAAAACAAGUUCCUUCCGAUUGCAUUAUGUUUCGUGAAUCAUCAUAGCUAACUCAUCUCACUGCAUUUUUGCUGAAAGCUAGGUUACGCCCAUGUUCCCCAUGCUACAUAAUUUCUUCAAUCAAGCAAUCAGCGAGCGAGCAGAACCAAAAACAACAUUUGUUUAUAUGUGGAUCUCUUGUGGCAGGCGAACCCCAAAAACCUUAGCGCACACAACCAUAGGCACCGUAAGAAACGCGCGAUAAAUGCUAGCCGAAUGACAUCGUAUUUAGGUAUAUUUAUUGUGUUUCACAUGCUAUACUCAUAAAGGCUCCUCAUAUCCCUAUUUGAUUUGAUAGAUUUUUUUACAAUUGAAAUCGGUUGGACAUUAUGAGUAUCAAUUACAUUAAACUUGCUGACCAACCAGAAACAAUGUGGCGCACAUUAUCGUUUGUGAAAGAAAAAAGAAAAACAUGUAAUUGUCAGCAAUGGCAAGCAACUUUCAUUUCGACAUUGUGCAGCUUUCUUUUCGUUAAUCAGUUAUUAUUUGCACGCUUGUUAUCAUAUCUUUCUUGUUUCUUUAUAUUUAGCUCUAUGGAGACCAGUUGUUCAAUUCGAUAGAGCUGUUAUUUAACCAUUCUAAUUUGUAAUAUGUUUAUUGAUUCGCGAUCGAAAUCUUUUAAUCCAUUGGGCAUUAAUACUUAGUAUAUAAAAAAAUGAUAAAUGCCGUGCAGUUGCGAAUCGUAGUUCAUUUCGAAAGUAUGAAUACAAAGUUUAACGAUGCCUUUUUCGAUUCUGAAUAUCAGGAGUUAAUAGUUACUUUGUUGUUCAUUUGAAAAAGGAGUGGUAAUUUAAAACAGUAUAUCCAAAUCAUCAUAAUGAAAUCAAUCUCUUUAUCGUUUCAGUUGGUAAAACGCACGGAAACGAAUACUUGAAAGCAAGAG